AUGAAUAAGAAAAAAAAUAAAAUUCUUAGUGAUCGGGAGGUGGAAGAAAUCGUCAACAACCUUUCCGAUUUAUCCGAUCUUGAUUCCGACGAUGAUGUUUAUUAUCAGACAGCACCUGUGACCAGCCCGGCAGAUUACUGCAAUUUGCCUGAAGAUAUUAUUAUUGAAAGGCGUCUUGAAGAGCUUUUCGGUGUUCGAGAAAUAUCGGAAGAAAAUAUAGAUAUUGUAGACCGAGAACUAUAUUCAGUUAGUUGUCUAAAAGAUAUUUUAGAAGAAAAUUGUCCUGACAGUAGUGUGGGUGACACAGCAGGACAAUUAUCUGGUGAUCAACUAACAAAAGCAACAGAUGAACAUAUGCAAGAAGAAAGGGGACAGGAUCUUACUGAAAGAGAAAUUGAAAUACAGCAAUGUUUUGAGGAGAUUUAUGAAGACAAUCAUCCAAUUCAGGCAGAUGACACAAAUGCUGGACCGUUAAACAUAAAUUAUUAUGAAACUGAAAAUCAAACAUUGCAAUGUCAAAGAAUUGUCAAUGUAUCCAGAACAAGACAACCACGAGAGUGGAAAAUUGAAAAGGAAAUACAUAGUGUUCCAGAGUUUAUUAAUCCCAUUCGUCCACAAUCAACAUAUAAUCACAAAACUCAGCCAAUUUAUGUUUUUGAAAAGUUUUUCCCGGAGUAUCUAGUACAAGUUAUAGUAGAACAAAGUAAUAUAUACGCAGCACAGAAAAAGAGUAACAAUUUUACACCUAUAUCAGCAGAGGAAUUGAAAGCAUACUUUGGAAUAUUGAUUAUGAUGGGUCUCAACCCUUUGCCUGAUAUGGACUUAUUUAAAAAAAUUACGGAGAACCUACAUAUUAAUAACAAUGAAAAUGAACCAGAUAGAAGCUCACCAGAUUAUGACAAAUUGUUUAAAUUAAGACCUAUGAUAACAGAACUAAAUAAAGUGUAUCAGGAAGAAACAGCAAAUUCGAGUCAUCAGUCAAUCGACGAAUGCAUGGUCAAAUUUAAAGGGCGAUCCAGUCUAAAACAAUAUAUGCCGAAAAAACCAAUCAAACGUGGAUUUAAAGUAUGGGCACGUUGUGACGCCAAAACUGGCUAUUUAUACACAUUCCAAGUAUAUACUGGGAAGGGAGACAACAUGGAAGACGAAGGACUUGGAUACAAUGUGGUAAUGAAACUUGCUACUGACCUUCCUGAAAACACACUGCUAGCAUUUGACAAUUUUUUUACUGGCUGCAACCUUAUGGAAGACUUGUACAAAAAGAAAAUUUUUGCUGUUGGCACUGUACGAGCGAAUCGGAAAGAUCUUCCAAAUAUAAUGAAAAAAUCACAGCCAAAACAUCUUAGGCUACAAAAAAAUCAGUUUGCAGCUGUAACUGCUAAACCUAUUACAGCCAUUAAAUGGCUUGAUACUAGAGAUGUUAACGUUCUUACAACUGCCCACCAUCCAACUGACACAGUAUUAGUAAAACGAACUCAGAAAGAUGGAACAAAGAAGGAAAUCCUUUGCCCCAAAGCUAUCGCUUGUUACACGCUCACUAUGGGCGGAGUUGAUCGUUUUGAUCAUUUCCGAUCAUCGUAUCCGAUCAACCGCAAAUGUAGAAAGUUCUGGAUGCGAUUGUUCUUUUUUAUGUUUGAUGCUUCAAUAAUCAACAGCUACAUCACUUACAGCACUACACACGUUGUGAAUACGCAUUCUCAUAGAGAGUUUAGAUUGCGAUUAGCUCGAGGGCUCGCGCCUUAUUAA